AAAAUCGUCGACUUUUUUCAUACAUUCCGCUGUUCCGCCGGUAGUUGCGUAGCAACCAUAGGCGCCGGAAGUGUCUUUUGUCUUUUGGAUGUGUUUGAUGAUAGCACCCCUUCGUGAUCACUGAUCCCUUUCCGACAUCACCCAUGCGUGACAGGUCAGCUCAAUUAUUCAAGCGCCAUUGUUGUCUGUUUCGGAUCCGUUUUUAGCACCUUAUUAAUAUCUACCUCUAUCUCCACUAUCCUGCAUACUACAGAUUUCUUACGAGAUCUUCAACCUGUAUCAAGAUCAUUAUCAACGGCAAAUACGGACGUAAUUGCGUGCAUAUCGUUCUAACACGAUUGUAGUUCUAGCUAGUUGAUUUUGCUUUGAUGAAUCUGUCAGUGAGGCGCUGCCUGCUACUUAAUUUUCGGAGGAGUGAGUUUUUUUGUUUUUAUGUCUAGCAUUUUGAUUUUAUAGAGCUGUAUAUAAACGAGGAGCUGCAUGGUAGGGAGAAUCCGUUGGCUUGAUCUGCCCGAGUUAUGCUGUAUAUGUCUCUGUCAUCAUCUUUCAACACAAAUAGUGAGAUCAGUCAUGGCGUCAGAACGACAGGGCUCACCAUUGCCGUUCAGCGUUACGACUUCUGUUACUGAGGAAUCUGUCCGGGCAAGCGCGAAGAGAAUCGCUGGUCAAAUCCAUCAGACGCCGGUGAUGACGUCGUCGAAGCUGGAUCAGAAGACCCGAGGGAGGAAAGUGUUUUUUAAAUGCGAACACUUACAGAAGACAGGAUCUUUUAAGGUUCGUGGUGCUCGUUCUGCCCUUACAAAACUACUGGAGACAGGUAUCGACCCCUCUGACGUCAACCUUGUGACAUACAGUUCAGGGAACUUUGCAGCAGGACUGACCGUGGCCGCCGGAUCCACAGGCAUCAAGAAUUGCACGAUCCUUAUGAGUAGAGAUUGCUCGCCCCUGAAGAAGACACUGGUUGAAUCACUAGGAGCUAAAGUACAGCUCUUCACCGGAGACCAAGAACGGGUUGCCAAGCCAAGAUCGGCUGUCGAGGCAGGGGCUUUAUACAUAUCAUCAGGACAAACUUAUGACGUCAUUUCUGGUCAAGGCACUGUUGGGUUGGAAUUCUUAAGCCAGGUCCCUGAAUUGGACGCGAUUGUGGUACCAGUAGGUGGAGGAGGACUUAUAUCUGGCAUAGCAACGAUUGCUAAGGCAAUAAAACCCAAUAUUUUGAUCAUUGGAGCAGAGCCUUCACUCUCGAACUCAUGCGAACUUUCACUCCGUAACGGCAAUCUCUGCCAACUAAAUCAUGUAGAAAAGGCAAACUCAACCGUUGCAGAUGGAUUGAGAGUUUCUAUUGGUUCGAAUACCUGGCCAAUCAUCAAGGAGUACGUCGAUGACGUCAUAUCGGUAUCCGAAGAUGAAAUCAAGAAUGCUACUCUCCUCGUCUGGCAUUAUUUGAAACAAUGCGUUGAACCGUGUGCUGGAGUCCCUUUGGCCGCCAUCUUUAGCGAAAAGUUUGCGUCACUUCCGGCAGAGGUCAUUAAUGUUGGUGUGAUCCUUUCCGGUGGGAACAUCAGUCAGGAGUGCAUGAGAAUCUUCCUACAAGAUAAUGAAAAUUGAUAUAACUUGCUUUGACAAAUAUCCUCCUCGUACGCCGACACAUAAAUGGUAUUACAACAGGUUAUCAGGAAUUGACAUUGUAACUAUGUCAUUAUUGUAUUCGUACUGAUAUAUGUAUGACGGAUCCCAUGCAAGAAGCAAAUACAUGUUCUCAGGUUCAGAAACAUAAUGAAAUGAUAUCAAAUUGAAUAUAUAUAUGAGCGUUCUGAUUCUAGAA